AGCGCGGCGAAAGCUGGAGGCCGGUGCUGGCAGGUGGUGGCCCCCAGGAGGGGUUGUGGAGGGUACCAAUGGACUCUACCGCCUGCUUGAAGUCCUUGCUCCUGACCAUCAGUCAGUAUAAAGCCGUUAAGUCGGAGGCAAAUGCCACCCAGCUUUUGCGGCACUUGGAGGUAAUUUCUGGGCAGAAACUCACACGAUUGUUUACACCAAAUCAGAUAUUACCAAGUGAAUGCUUGAGUUGCCUUGUGGAGCUACUUGAAGACCCAAGCAUAAGUGCACCACUGGUCUUAAGUAUCAUCAGCUUGCUGUCUCAACUAGCUGUAGACAGUGAAACCAGAGACUGCCUUCAGAAUACAUACAACCUGAAUAGCGUGCUAGCAGGAGUGGUUUGUCGGAGCAGCACUUGCCAUAGUGAUUCUGUGUUUUUGCAGUGCAUUCAGCUUCUGCAGAGAUUAACAUACAACGUCAAAAUUUUCCAUUCUGGUGCCAAUAUAGAUGAGUUAAUUACCUUCCUGAUAGAUCAUAUUCAGUCUUCUGAAGAUGAGUUAACAAUGCCUUGUCUAGGAUUAUUAGCAAAUCUUUGUCGGCACAAUCUUUCUGUUCAAACAUACAUAAAGACUUUGAAUAAUGUGAAAUCUUUUUAUCGAACUCUUAUAAGCUUCCUGGCCCACAGUAGUUUAACUGUGGUUGUGUUUGCCCUUUCAAUAUUAUCCAGUUUGAUAUUAAAUGAAGAGGUUGGGGAAAAGCUGUUCCAUGCUCGAAACAUUCAUCAAACUUUUCAGCUAAUGUUUAAUAUUCUCAUAAACGGUGAUGGCACAUUGACUAGGAAGUAUUCAGUUGAUCUACUGAUGGAUCUCCUUAAGAAUCCUAAAAUUGCUGAUUAUCUUACCAGGUAUGAGCACUUUUCUUCAUGUCUCAAUCAAGUAUUAGGUCUUCUUAAUGGAAAGGAUCCUGAUUCUUCUUCAAAGGUUUUAGAAUUACUUCUUGCCUUCUGUUCAGUGACUCAGCUGCGCCACGUGCUCACUCAGAUGAUAUUUGAACAGUCUCCAUCUGGCAACACCAUUCUGGGAAGCCGUUCUAAAUGUUUAGAACCUACUGUGUCUCUACUUCGUUGGUCAAGCCAACCUCUGGAUGGUUCAGAAAACUGUUCUAUUUUAGCCUUGGAGUUGUUCAAGGAAAUAUUUGAGGACAUUAUAGAUACUGCUAACUGUUCCUCAGCUGACCGUUUUGUGACCCUUCUGCUGCCUACAAUCCUUGAUCAACUGCAGUUCACAGAACAAAAUCUAGAUGAAGCCUUAUUAAAAAGAAAAUGUGAAAGGAUGGUCAAGGCCACUGAAGUUUUGUUAACUCUGUGUGGAGAUGAUACUCUAAAAAUGCAUGUUGCAAAAACUCUGACUACUAUCAAAUGUACCACUCUGAUAGAACAACAAUUUACGUAUGGCAAGAUUGAUCUGGGGUUUGGAACAAAGGUAGCAGAUUCUGACUUGUGCAAACUUGCUGCUGAUGUAGUUUUGAAAACUCUUGAUUUGAUGAACAAACUUAAACAGUUGGUUCCUGGUAUGGAAGUAAGCUUCUAUAAAAUCCUUCAGGAUCCACGCCUAAUUACUCCCUUGGCUUUUGCUUUAACAUCAGAUAAUAGAGAACAAGUACAGUCUGGACUGGGAAUAUUAUUGGAAGCUGCUCCACUGCCAGAUUUUCCUGCUUUAGUACUUGGAGAAAGUAUAGCAGCAAACAAUGCCUAUAGACAACAGGAAACAGAACAUAUACCCAGGAGAAUGCUUUUGCAAUCACUAAAUCACAGUCUUCCAACAUCAGUAAAAUGUUUAACUCCUCCACUUUUGAAAGCUAGAGUUUCUGGAUUGAACAUUGAGGAAUUAAUAGAGAAACUUCAGGCUGGAAUGGUGGUAAAGGAUCAGAUUAAUGAUGUGAGAAUAUCUGACAUAAUGGAUGUAUAUGAGAUGAAACUGUCCACAUUAGCCUCCAAAGAAAGCAGGCUACAAGAUCUUUUGGAAGCAAAAGCUCUAGCCCUUGCACAGGCUGAUAGACUAAUUGCUCAAUAUCGCUGUCAAAGAACUCAAGCUGAGACAGAGGCACGGACACUUGCUGGUAUGUUGAGAGAAGUUGAGAGAAAAAAUGAAGAGCUUGGUGUGUUGCUGAAGGCACAACAGGUUGAAUCAGAAAGAGCCCAGAGUGAUAUCGAGCAUCUCUUCCAACAUAAUAGGAAAUUAGAGUCUGUGGCUGAAGAACAUGAAAUACUGACAAAAUCCUACAUGGAACUUGUUCAGAGGAAUGAAACCACUGAACAGAAGAAUAAAGAUUUGCAGAUGACAUGUGAUUCUCUGAAUAAACAAAUUGAGACAGUGAAAAAGUUGAAUGAGUCAUUCAAGCAACAAAAUGAAAAAACUAUAGCCCAAUUAAUAGAGAAAGAAGAACAGAGAAAAGAAGUACAGAACCAACUAGUAGAUAGAGAAUGUAAGCUAGCAAAUUUGCAACAAAAAACAAAAGUACAAGAAGAAAAGAUUAAAAUCUUGCAAAAAGAAAGGGAAGAUAAGGAAGAAACCAUUGAUAUCCUUAGAAAGGAAUUAAACAGAACAGAACACAUAAGAAAAGAAUUGAGCAUUAAGGCUUCCUCCCUAGAGGUUCAAAAGGCCCAAUUAGAAGGUCGUUUGGAAGAGAAAGAGUCGCUGGUGAAACUUCAGCAAGAGGAGUUGAACAAAAACUCUCAUAUGAUAGCAAUGAUCCACAGUUUAAGUGGUGGAAAAAUAAGUCCAGAAACUGUGAACCUCAGUAUAUAGAUGUUAUGUAUUUAUGUUCCGGGGGAGGUGUGGUAGGGAAGGUAAUUUGUGACUCCAGAACAAUAGCAAAUUAUUAUCUAAUUAUUAAUUUAGUAAAGAACCUGAUCUGAUAAAUAUUUUUAUUUGGUCUUAAAAGUUUUACUUCCUGUUUCUGGCUUUUAUUGCUUAAAGCUUUCUUUGGUUCUUAAUUAGAAUGUUCUUCCUGACCUCCAUUAUUGUUUUUCUAAGGUUUUUCCCUUUUCCUUAGUUGCUUUCCACUCUCUUCUGGUUUUUUUAUUCUCAUUUGUGAUUAGAUUUUAAAAUCAAACUUUCCUGAUAUAACAAUCCUAAAGAUUAAGAAAUUGAAAAUACAGUUAUUUAGUAUAAAAAGAGAAGGCGUAGCAUUGCCCGAGAAGUUUUUCUCUAAAUAGCACAAAAGAAAAUUCAGUGAAUUUAAAAUAAUU